AUGAGCAUCGCCAUCAAGAAGGCUCAAAGCAACCUGCACCUUGAGCUCAAUGGUUGUCAACACCGUGUUGACCAGCCAUUUUUCCAUCAUAUCAUAGGGGGAGUAGGAGUUUUAGUACCUCCCAGUCCAGAGGGGACACUGGGGAGGACAUUACCAGCGAUGAGGGGGACGGAGGACUGCCCGCGGGCAAAGGCAACUAUUGUGACUGUCCACCAGGCGAACUUCAAGAGGAGCAAAUGCUUGAGCAGCCUCGCAGCAGCGAUGGUGGUGGAGGCAACGGAGGAAGUCGGGAGGUGGGGUGACGUAUGA